AUGGCUUCCCCGCCCUGUCCUGUGACUACUCAGCCAUCGGCUAUCGGCCGGUGUUGCCCGUGUCCAUACAGAGAUUGGAAAACUGAUUUGCUGGACUGCUGUGCUGACAAACCCAUCUGUCUCUGUGGUAUUUUCCUUCCCUGCCUCCUCGCUUGCAAGGUGGGUGUGGAAUACGGAGAGUGCUUCUGCGUCCCUUUCAUCCCGGGAGCCCUCGUGGCCAUGCGGACGGGCCUGCGGGAACAGCUGCGCAUCAAGGGCUGCGUCUUCUGCGAUUUGGUCGCUUUCUGCUGCUGCUGCCCAUGCGCCCUUUGCCAGAUGGCCCGAGAACUGGAGAGCCCCUGCUAGCCUGAUUUCACCCUCUGUUUGCUGGCUGUGGCUAAUG